CAGAAAGCGCUACAGGGUGUCUGCUUUGGGGAGAUGGGAGCGGUUUGUUCUCUCUUUUUGGCUAAACGUUUGUUGUUGAUCUUUAAGGCUUUGGGAUAAACAAGGCGAGACUCAGACAGAUCAGUUGCGUUGGUGGAAGUUUUUAUUCUUUUUUUUAUUCUUUACAUUCAUUUACAAGUGAAGGUUUGGAGUUUUUUGUCAUCAGUACAACAAGCGGAUUUAUUCGCUCUAAAGCCAGAGUUCAAGUUUAAGUUGUAGCCCUUCCGUGAUAACGCGAACACGAUUGCCCAAUCGUGCUGAGAGAAGAGCAGGAGGCAUGGGAGACAACAUACCGGGAGGAAUAGUAGCUGCUGCAAAGAACCGCCUGCAGGUGGUGAAGGGCUUGGAGGACGUGGAGGUGUGUGAGUGUGAGAGCUGCUCCUUUGAAGUGACCCUCAACUUGGCCUACAUCGAGGGUCUGUGGACCAGAGAUGGGUCCCCGCUUAAGUCCAAGCCCACGUGUCGCAUCAGCACGCAUGGGAAGAAACACUCCCUCCUUCUGAACAGGGUGGCUUUGGGAGACGCAGGCCUGUUCUCGUUUCAGGCCGGUGGCGUUCAGACCUCAGGCCGACUCAGUGUUACAGCUAGGGACAUCUACGUAGUGAAGGAGCUGGAAGAUGUUGACACCAUGGAGCGUAAAGCCGUGAACUUCCUGUGUGAGGUCAACCAGCCGGAUUUGGACGGUCGGUGGUACAGAGAUGACAGCCGAAUUCGACCUGGAGACAAUAUCAAGAUCAGACAACAGGGUAAAACUCACUCCCUGUCCUUCAGGUCCGUCAGGCCAGAGCACGCUGGAGAGAUCAGAUUCACAGCAGAGCGUGUCUCAUCCUAUGCGACUCUCACAGUGAAAGAGCUCCCAGUCCAAAUAUUGCGUCCUCUAAGGGUGAAAAUUGCUAUGUAUCGCCACCGGGGUCUGCUGGAGUGCCAGGUGUCACGGCCUAACGCUCAGGUCAGGUGGUACAAGAACAGGAAAGAGCUCCUGCCCUGUAAGAAGUACCAACUCAUCAGCCAGGACAUCUACAGGCAGCUGACCAUCGAUGACAUCUGCUCUUCCGAUGAGGACACCUACACCUGUGAUGCAGGAGAUGACAAAACCUCUUGUCAGCUCCUGGUGGAGGAGCAGGCUAUCAGGAUAGUGCGAGGGAUGAGCUCGGUGGUGGUGACGGAGCCGGAGCCAGCGCUGUUCCAGGUGGAGACCAGCCUGAAAUCGGGGAGGCCUCCCCGGUGGACCCUGAGCGGCGAGGUGCUGGAGCCUUGUGCAGCAGUGAACAUCGACAGGGAGGGAAACCUCCACAGCCUCUGUCUCACCGCCACAGACAGCUCAAUGUCUGGGCCCAUGGUCUUUGUUGCUGGCAAGAGUCGCUCCACUGCUCAGCUCACUGUCAAGGAGCGACCACUUGAUGUUGCCCGCCACAUGGACGAUGUACAGGCGAAGGAGAACAGCUCUGUGACUCUGAGCUGUGCCUUCGCCCCCUCUCCCCGGGUGGUGCGGUGGUUCAAAGGUCGUACGACCCUGAAGACCUCGAAUAAGUACAGCAUGAAAAGGGAAGGGACACGAGCCCAGCUGACCAUUCAUGGCUUGACGGGGAUGGAUGCGGGGCAGUACCGCUGCAUGGCCGGGGGUUCACAGAGCACCGCGCAUGUCAAGGUGGAAGUUAGGACACUGGAAAUGGUUAAACACCUUGAGCCAAAGGAGGUUGAGGAGGAUGACCUUGCCACGUUUUCAUGUGAGCUCAACUAUGUGGUCGCCAACGUGGAGUGGCUACUUAACAGUGUUCGCCUCUACUGCAACGCAAUCUACAGGAUCCAGCACAUGGGCACGAUGCACAGUCUCACAAUCAAGAAGCUGAGGCCACAGGAGAGCAGGAUCACCUUCAAAACAGGACCUCUCUCAGAGACAACCACUUUAAAUGUCAAAGAGCGGCCAGCAGUGUUCCUGAGGUCUCUGGAGGAUGCAGCAGGAGAAGAGCAAGGAGAUGUCUGCCUGCAGUGUGAAAUUUCCAAAGAGACGGUGACCCCUGUUUGGAGGAAGGAUGGUAUGGUCCUGACCGCUGAUGAGAAACACGAGUUGCUCCAGUAUGGGAAGUCCAGGUCACUGAUCGUCCAUUCCCUGUGCAAGGAUGACGCUGGACAGUACACCUGUGACCUGGGCACCAGUCAAACAAAGGCAAAGGUUACUGUACAUGACUUACACAUCGCCAUUUUGCAACGUAUAAAGACAACAUCUGUUCUGGAAGGCGAGAGCUGCACUUUUGAUUGUCACCUCUCUCAUGACGUUGAUGAUGAGCCUUCCUGGACCAUCAAUGGCCAGGUGGUGGUCACCAAUAGCCGAAUUAAGCUAAUCAAUAACGGCCGCAACUAUAAGAUGACCAUUAGUGAUGCCACACUGACUGACGCUGGAGACGUGGUCUUCACAAUUAAAGACCUAAGCUGUAGGACCAUGCUCUUUGUUAAAGAGAAGCCAGUGCACAUCUUCAGGGAGCUAUUGAAUGUCAAGGCGGUUCCGGGCGAGGACGCAGAACUGAGCUGUGAGAUCACCAAACCAGAAGUCGCCAUCCGUUGGCUAAAAAAUGGCCACUUGAUCAAACAGAGCCCCAGGUAUGAGAUGAGUGUGGAAAAGAACCUGGCGCGAUUGGUCAUCAAGAAUACCACCAUCAGAGACUCUGGAGAGUACUGCUGUGAGGCCGAUGGCAUUGCUUCCCGUGCCAAGCUGGAUAUCAGAGAGCUCCAGCACACAUUCGCAAUGGAGUUAAGGGACAUUCGAGCGGAAGAAAAGGGCAAAGUGACCCUUCAGUGCGAGACCAGGCGGCCAGCCAAGCGGGUGACUUGGCUGAAGGGCAUGGUGGAGCUGAGGUCCGGCAGGAAGUAUGUCAUCAGGCAGAAGAAUGUGGUGCUGUCCCUCACCAUCACCUGUCUGGACAAAUCAGACACAGAUGUUUACACGUGUGAUGUUGGUACCAUGCAGAGCCGCGCCCAGCUGACUGUGCAGGGUGAGAAGGUUUUAGUCCUAGACGAGUUAGAGGAUGUUGAGUGUCUAGAAGGCGAUACGGUCACAUUCAGGUGUCGAAUUUGUCCCAGUGACUACAUUGGGGUCAAGUGGUACCUGGACGAGACUCUGCUGUACACCAACGAGGUCAAUGAGAUCCAGAUGGUGGCCGGAGGCUACCACACCCUCACCUUUAGGCAGCUGGCUCGCAAAGACACCGGCACCAUCUCUUUUGCAGCAGGGGACAAAAGGUCGUAUGCUUCACUGUUGGUUAGAGAGAGGCGACCCACCAUCGUUAAAGCACUGGAGGACUGUGAGGCUUUUGAGGGAGGAGGAUUGGUUUUGUCUUGUCUGGCCUCCAAGCCAUGUCACAUCCUGUGGUACAAAGACGGCUGCCUGAUGUGGAACUCCUCAAGAUAUUUUGCCAGCCGCUCCGGCUGUGAGGCCCGGCUGACAAUUCGGGAGGUCUGUAACAACGAUGCCGGAGUGUACGAGUGCAGUGCUGGAUCUGUUACAACGAGAGCCGUUGUAACUGUCAAAGCCAUCCCUGCAGAGUUUACCCAGUCUUUAAAGUCUGCAGAGGCCAAAGAGGGGGAGACUGUGACCCUGACCUGUGAAUACUCCCUGCCUGGGGUGCAGAGCCAUUGGAGGAGAGGUUUUGAAAGUAUCCGGUCUGGAGACAAGUACUUGAUGAAACAGAGAAAGACAAUCAAUUCUCUGACUAUUAAAGCCCUGAAGCCCGAGGACUCAGGAGAAUAUACAUGUCAGUGUAGAGAUCACCGCACCACAGCAAGCCUCAAAGUACACGCUAUUCCCAUCACCUUCAUUCAGCAGUUAAAGAAUAUGCAAGCAGAGGAGGGAAGCAAUGUCCUACUGCGCUGCGAGCUGUCUAAACCUGGAAUCCCAGUGGAUUGGAGUAAGGGACAAGAGCUGUUGAAGAAUGGAGUUAAGUACCAGCUGAAGAGAAGGGACACCACCCUGGAGCUUCUGAUCUGGAAGCCUGUUCCUGAGGACAGUGGGGUCUACUGCUGCCAGUGUACUGAUCAGGUGACAUCCGCCACUGUCACAAUCACUGCUAUCCCCGUCGCCUUCAAGCAGAAGCUGAGGAAUGUGGUGAUUGAGGAGGGCAACACUGCGAUUCUACGCUGUGAGCUGUCAAAGUCUGGUCACGCCGUAGAGUGGAGGAAGAGCGGGAACGAGCUCAUCAAGAGUGGAGAGAAAUAUCAUAUGAGACAAAGAGAAGUUCUAAUUGAACUGAGGAUAUUUGAUGUUACACCCGAGGACAGCGACAUCUACACGUGCAUCUGUGGAAGCAUAGAGACCACCGCUACGCUGAGUGUUAACACUCUUCCAGUCACCUUCAAACAAAAACUGAAGAACGUCCAAGUGGAGGAAGGACACAGUAUCACGCUGGAUUGUGAGAUCUCCAAAGCGGGCGUCCCAGUGGAGUGGAAGCUCGGGGGGGAUCUGCUGGAGAAUGGAGAUAAAUACCAGAUUAAGCAGAGGGGCUCGGCCCUGGAGUUGAUCAUCAGAGACGCUGAACCAGAGGACAGCGGGGUCUACACUUGUGUGUGCAGGGAGCAGAGGACAAAGGCCACAGUGAAAGUUGUUGCUGUCCCCGCAACAUUUACAACGAGUCUGAAGAGCCAGGAGGCAGAAGAAGGGAACAGUGUGACUUUGCGCUGUGAGCUGUCAAAGAAGGGAGUCCCUGUGCAGUGGCAGAGAGACACCCUGGUGAUAUCUGAGCAGACAUAUCGGGGGAAGUAUCAGAUGAAGCUCGAGGGAAAGUCAGCUCAGAUGACAAUCCUUACGCUCCGAUCGGAAGACGCGGGGAAGUACAGCUGCAUCGCAGGAGAUCAGAAAACCACAGCUGAAGUCCGAGUGAAACCCCUCCCGGUGACAUUCAAGCAAGAGAUCCAGUGCCUGUUGGUGGUAGAAGGGGAAAGUGGAGUUUUCUGCUGUGAGCUCAACAAACCCGGAGCUCCAGUGGAGUGGAGGAAAGGCAGAGCCGUCCUGAAGCCUGGAGACAAAUACGAGAUGAAGCAGGAGGGACGUUUCACUAAGCUGGUCGUCAACAACGUAGAGGAGAGCGAUGCAGGCAAAUACAUCUGCAAGACUAAAGACAGCCAAUCGUCUGCUGAGCUCACUGUUCAAGAAUCACCAGAGCGCAAACGCCAAAGAGAUUUACCACCGAGCUUUAAGAUGCCACUGGUCAACCAGGAAGUGACAGAGGGCAACAGCAUGAUUCUGCGCUGUGAGCUCACCAAGCCUGCUCCUUCGGUGGAGUGGAGGAGAGGAGGAGAGCUGCUAAAAAAUGGAGACAAAUACCAGAUGAGGAAGAAAGACCUGCAGGUGGAAAUGAAGAUCGCGGACCUCGGUCUGGACGACGCUGGCGAUUACACAUGUGCAUGUGGGGAAGAAAGUACAAAAGCUAGAAUCACGAUGAAUGAGCGGCCCAUAAGAUUCCUCGGAGAGCUGAGGAACAUUCAGGUGCAGGAAGGCUAUGGAGUGACCCUGUCCUGUGAGCUCUCCAAGCCUGGCACUCCAGUGCAGUGGACGAAGGGAGACAGCGUGUUAACCAACGGAGAGAAAUACCAGAUGAAGCACAGCGGCUCCACCUUGGAGCUUCACGUGAGAAAAAGCCAGCCCGAGGACAGUGGCACAUACAGCUGUGUUUGUGAUGACAUCAAAACCACGGCCACCGUCAUCAUCACCGCGAUCCCGGUGACUUUCAAGCAAAAGUUGAAGAACCAGGAAGCGGUUGAGGAGGGCAGUGUGACACUGCGCUGUGAGCUUUCUAAACCGGGAGUCCCAGUCGAGUGGAGGAAAGACGCCCAACUUCUGAAGGAGGGAGACAAGUGUCAGAUGAAACAGGAGGGCAGGAUGGCUGAGUUGCUGAUUAGAAACCUGGCUCUCACAGAUCUGGGGGAGUACAGCUGCUUUGUUGGCUCCGUUGUGACUUCAGCAGACGUCAAAGUAAGAGCAAUUCCUGUAACAUUUAAACAAGAGGUGGAGAAUUUGGAGGUGAAGGAAGGCGACAGUGGGGUUUUCUGUUGUGAGCUCUCUAAACCUGGAGCUCCAGUGGACUGGAGGAAAGGCAGAGUCAUCCUCAAACCCGGAUACAAAUAUGAGAUGGUACAGGAGGGACGCCUCACCAAACUGAUUAUCAACAACACGGAGGAAAGUGAUGCUGGAAAAUACACCUGCAAGACUAAAGACACCGCAUCGACUGCCGAGCUCACCGUCAAAGCUCCUCCCAUCACGUUCAAGACAAAGUUGAGGAACCAGCAGGUGGAGGAGGAGAACGGCGUGACGAUGAACUGUGAGCUGUCGAAGCCCGGCCUUGCUGCGGAGUGGAGGAAAGGACAAGAGCUGUUGAAGAAUAAUUUUAAGUACCAGAUAAGAAAUCGAAACAGCAGCAUGGAACUGACCAUCAAAAACGCACAGCUGGAAGACAGCGGACUUUACAGCUGUGUCUACGCUGACGUCAAAACCACAGCCAACAUCACCGUAACACCUAUUCCCCUCACCUUCAAACUGGGUCUGAAGAACCAGGAGGCCCCCGAAGGAGGCAACGUGUCCCUCCGCUGUGAGCUGUCCAGGGCCGGGGUGCCGGUGCAGUGGUGGAAGGCGGAGGACCAGCUCCACCACGGGGGAAGAUAUCAGAUGACACUGAAGGGCAAGACUGCUGAGAUGCACAUCAAAAACGUCCAGCCGGAGGAUGUCGGCGAGUACAGCUGUGUCUUGGGAGAGCAGAAGACAACAGCUGAAGUCAACGUGAGAGCGGCGGCAUCAGUGUUCUUCGUGAAGGAACUGGAAAGCCAAGCGGUGAUGGAGGGGAAAUCUGUGCAGCUGUCUUGUGAAGUUUCCAGCGCUACUGUCCCUGUCACUUGGAAGAAGGAUAACACUGUGGUGGAAGAAGGGGGGGAAUACAUUUUGAAGAAGAAAGGCCCGACACACACACUAGAGAUCAAGAAACUGCAUCUGGACGAUGCUGGAGAGUACUGCUGCAUCACCAGGGGCAAGAAGACCACUGCCAAGCUCAUCGUGAGGGCUUCCUCUUCCUCCACAGAGCGCGUGCGGAUCGUCACGGAGCUGCAGGGUAUAACGGUCACCGCGGGAGAGGACGCUGUGUUUGUGUGCGAGCUGAGCCACGCAGACGUGAGCGACGGUGUCUGGUGGCUCGGACCCAACCCGCUGCAGAAGAACGAGAUGAACCAGAUGACGUGGACGGGUCGCCAGCACCGACUGGUCCUCACCAUGACGACACCUGAAGAGACGGGAAUAGUGGCGUUUGUGGUUGGAGAGGAGAGGACCUCUGCACGUCUGCUGGUUGUUCCUAAGGCCAAAGUUUUAUUUGAGGAGAAGCCUAAAGAUGUUGUGAUCAUGGAAGGAGAGACAGCAGCUUUGUCCUGCACAAUCUCGGAUUUUACCUCGCCGGUCAUGUGGAGACGCAACCACAUCCUCCUCCAGAAUGGUGAUAAAUAUGAGAUAUGCAAAGAGGGAAAAGUCAACCUAUUGCGUAUCCAUGAUGCGGAUCCCCUGGAUACUGGGACGUACUGCUGUGAUACAGGAGAUGUGCAGAGUAGUGCCAAACUUACUGUUACAGAGCUCCCCCCCUUCUUCCAGGAAGAGCUGCAAAGUGUGGAGGUCGAGGAGGGAAGUUCAGCCUCUCUGUACUGUGAGCUGUCUAAACUUGGAGUACCGUUUCAAUGGACAAAGAACAGGGUGCCAGUGCGAGCCGGCAGAAAGUACGAGAUCAGGCAGGAUGGCUGCCUCCUCCAGCUGAACAUCAAGGAGCUCAAACUUGAGGACAGUGGAAAUUACACAUGUCAAGCUGGAAGUGCAGAGACCACUGCUACUGUGUCAGUGAAAGAGCUCCCACCAUUCUUCAAGAAAGAAUUAAGGAGUGUGGAGGCUGAAGAGGGAGGUGCAGCCUCACUGUUCUGUGAGCUAUCUAAAGCCGGCGUGUUGGUACAAUGGAAGAAGAACAGGCUGCCACUGAGAGCCAGGGGGAACUACGACAUGAAGCAGGACGGCUGCCUGCUGCAGCUCCUCAUCAAAGAUCUCAAACCCGAAGACAGAGGCAGCUACACAUGUCAAGCAGGAAGUGCAGAAACCACUGCUACUCUGUCAGUUAAAGAGCUCCCAGCAUUUUUCCAGGAAGAAUUGCAGAACGUGAAUGCUAAAGAAGGAGGUACAGCUUCCCUGCGUUGUGAGCUGUCUAAGCCUGGCCUAACAGUCCAAUGGAAAAAGAACAAGCUUCCACUGAGAGCCGGCAGGAAGUACGAGAUGAAGCAGGACGGUUGCCUCCUCCAGCUGCACAUCAAAGAACUCAAACCUGAAGACAGUGGAAGCUAUUCAUGUCAAGCAGAACAUGCAGAAACCACUGCUAAUGUUUCUGUAAAAGAACUCCCACCGUUUUUCAAAGAAGAAUUGCACAACGUGACGGCAGAGGAGGGAGGUGUAGCCUCCCUGUGCUGCGAGCUCUCCAAACCGUGUGUAUCUGUACUAUGGAAGAAGAACAUGCUGCCAUUGAGAGCCAGGAGGAAGUAUGAGACGAAGCAAGAUGGCUGCCUCCUGCAGCUCUGCAUCAAGGAUCUCAAACCAGAGGACAGCGGCAGCUACACAUGUCAGGCAGAAAGUGCUGAGACCACUGCUACCGUGUCAGUAAAAGUACUCCCACCGUUUUUCAAAGAAGAAUUGCACAACGUGACGGCAGAGGAGGGAGGUGUAGCCUCCCUGUACUGCGAGCUCUCCAAACCGUGUGUAUCUGUACUAUGGAAGAAGAACAUGUUGCCAUUGAGAGCCAGGAGGAAGUAUGAGAUGAAGCAAGAUGGCUGCCUCCUGCAGCUCUGCAUCAGGGAUCUCCAACCAGAGGACAGCGGCAGCUACACAUGUCAGGCAGGGACUGCAGAGACCACUGCUACCGUGUCAGUAAAAGAGCUCAUUCCAUUCUUUAAGAAAGACUUGGUAAGUGUGGAGGCUGAGGAGGGAAGUACAGCUUUUCUGUGCUGUGAGCUGUCUAAGCCUGGAGUGCCCGUGCAAUGGAGGAAGAACAAGCUGCCCCUGAGAGCCAACAGGAAGUAUGAGAUGAAGCAAGAUGGCUGCCUCCUCCAGCUGCACAUCAGGGAUCUCAAACCCGAGGACGGUGGCAGCUACUCAUGUCAAGCAGAGACUGCAGAGACCACAGCAACUGUAGCAGUGAAAGAACUUGUACCAUUCUUCAACAAAGAAUUGCAAAGUGUGGAGGCCGAGGAAGGGAACACAAUCUCUCUGUGCUGUGAGCUGUCCAAAGCCAGAGUGCCAGUGCAAUGGAAGAAGAACAAGCUGCCGCUGAGAGCAAACACAAAGUAUGAGAUGAAACAGGAUGGCUGCCUCCUGCAGCUGCACAUCAAGGAUCUGAAACCUGAUGACAGCGGCAGCUACACAUGUCAAGCAGACAGAGCAGAGAGCACUGCUACUUUAUCAGUGAAAGCGCUCCCACCAUUCUUCAGGAAGAACUUACUAAGUGUAACGGCUGAGGAGGGUGGUACAGCCUCUCUGUGCUGUGAGCUGUCUAAGCCAGGAGUGUCAGUGCAAUGGAAGAAGGACAAUCUGCCGCUGAGAGCAAACAGGAAGUACGAGAUGAAGCAAGAUGGCUGCCUCCUCCAGCUGCACAUCAAGGAUCUCAAACCGGAAAACAGUGGCAGCUACUCAUGUCAUGCAGAAAGUGCAGAGACCACUGCUAGUGUGUCAGUAAACGAGCUCCCAUCCUUCUUUAAAGAAGACUUACAAGGUGUAGAUGCUGAAGAGGGGGGUACAGCCUCUCUGUGCUGUGAGCUGUCUAAGCUUGGAGAGUCAGUUCAAUGGAGGAAAAACAAGGUCCCACUAACAGCCAGCAGGAAGUAUGAGAUGAAGCAGGAUGGCUGCCUCCUGCAGCUGCACAUCAAGGACCUCAAACCUGAAGACAGCGAUAGCUACACGUGUAAAGCGGGAAGUGCGGAGACCACUGCUACUGUGUCAGUGAAAGCACAACAACCGAUUCCACUGAAGGCAGAGCCUCCGACAGUACAGCCUCAGGCAAAAAGCACUGUUUCCAAACCAACUCCUACUACAAUGGACAAGAAGCCUGAACUCCAAGAGACAAAACCUGUUCCCCCGGAGCCCAAAAGGAGAGUAAAUAGGAAAGCAUCUAUUACAGGUUUAGAAAAAGAUGUGGAGCCAUUGUUUGACCAAAAGCAGGGCAUCCAACCCGCCAGGUUCACAGAAAAACACCCUGAUGUAGCAAAGAACGAAACACCGCUGGAGUGGCAUAGGGAGAAAGACAGCAGGGUCAACAGACAAGUAGACAAGUCAAUGAGACGACUGGGGACGGAGGAUGGGGAAGACAGGCAGGUGGAAGAGACAGCGAGGCCUUUGGAAACAGAGAAAGAUGGUUUCAUGGAGAAAAGAGAAGGAAGGAAUGCAGAGAAAUUAGUCAAGGUUGAUCAUAAUGCCAGUCAGUCAGACGAAGCAAUCCCACCAGGAAAAGUUUUGUGGAAAAACAGUGAAGAUCAGAAACCGCCUGUGAAACCGUCAGUAGAAUUGAUUGGAAAUACGACAAUAUCAGAAGAUAAAUCUACUGUCAAGAAGGGAAAAGUAGAAGUAGAGGAACCCUUUAAACCACCAAUAAGGUCUAAAGGAAAGGUAACAGGGGUAAAGGAACCACCAAAGGAAACUGAGGAGACCAAUGUCCAAUCGCUAAAGCCUACUGGAAAUGAUUCUGAAGGAGACCACGUGAUAAAGCAUGUUUCCACAGAGGCAGGGAGAGACACAAAGCUGUUGAAUGAAGAGCCAAAGUCAGUAGAGCAACCUGAAAAGACUUCUGCGAAAGAGGCAGAGUUUUCCCCUCCGAAACCACCCAUAAGGAUAAAAAGCAGAGCUAAAGGUGCAAUGGAAAAGCAAUCAUCAAGAGACACAGAGACGGAUCAAGAUGAUCGACAGAUGACACAAGUUUUGUUGACAGCAAUAGACGAUCAACCAAUCAAACUGUCUAAGGGAUCUUUCAAAAAGGCGGUCGAAGACAAACCAAGAUUACAGAGGAAACAAUCGGUAACAUCUGACUCCGAGAAAAUGGAGAGAACUAAGAAACCAGUGAAAGCCGCAGAGAAGAACUCAAACACAAAACAGGCGAUUAGACAACCAGUAAAACCAACGAGAAAAGAACCUGGACUGGAUCAGGAAAUGAGUCUGUCCGGCGAGCCAAUGAGACGGGAGGAAACAAAGGUGACAGAAGACAUUCCUCUCCUCUACACUUCGGAAGAUGACACUUUCUCAGAAGCCCUGACGGAGACAACCGCAAACCACAGCAACGUCCAGCCCGCUGCCCCCUCUGUUGAGGGGUUGACCCAACCCGCUACUCUUCCUCCAAUUACUGUUCCCCACAAGGCACCCCCUCCAAGCGAAGCCACGCCGGAGAUCGACCUCGGCGUGGACGACGAACCACAAAUGCGAGAGGCUGCGGUCAAGAUCCAGGCCGCUUUCAAGGGCUACAAAACCCGCAGAGACCUGCGGCCCGUCUUCACGCAGGUGUUCAAAAACCAGAGCGCGGAUCUUCACGGUACGGUCACCCUCGUGUGCGUCGCUGACGGCCGACCCAGCUCGGCGCGCUGGCUGAGAAACGGCCAGCAGGUCAUCGACGACCACCGGUGCCGCGCCCGGGCCGCGGGUAGCGGCGUGUGCACGCUGGUGAUUCAGAACGUCACCUCCGCCGACGGCGGGGUCUACACAUGCGAGGUGGUGAAUAAGUUCGGCGUGACCUCCUACAAUGGAAACCUCACCGUGGUGCGGCCUCAGGAGCCUGGCGCGGCGGCCCACAGGCCCGUACACCCGCCGCUGGCGGCCAUAGCUCCGCUGCAGCUCGCCCCACCGGAGCCCGAGGCCCGGGAUCCGCCCCAGGCCCGCGGCCGGACGUUCGCUCCCGCCGAAGAGCCCACGAGCUAUGUUGAAAAUGUGAGCGUCUCUCUGUGGGAGGCGUACACCCUGACGGAGCAGGACGCUCAGGUGGCGAGCUUAGAGAGGAGGGGAUCUUCACUCGUUGCUGCCAGCUCUAUGUCGAGCCCCUCGGAUUACGACACGGCUCCGGAUAUGAUGGAGCCUGAUGGAGCUGGCACAGCUGCACCAAGGGAAGAGACAAAAGCAGCAGACCACGUUUCUACAAUAGAUGAUAAACAACAGAUGGCUCCUUCACAACCUGCUAAAAAACUACUGAAGGUCAAAGGAGGGGCUCAUGAAGGUAGAUUGAAGACGCCAUCCCCCAAGCACCACCGAGCUCACACACCCUUAACCAGCACCGUCUCUGGAUCAGAGUCAGAAGGGGAAGAGGAUAAACGAGAGACAUUUGAGAUGUACGUGGCUCGAGCUGAUUGUAAUCCCAACAGUGGAAACAAGGACAGUUUUGUCCUGAAGGAGGGCCAGUUUGUCGAGGUCCUGGACUCUGUUCAUCCUGACAGGUGGCUGGUGAGGACCAAACCCACCAAAAACAACCCUGCCAGACAGGGAUGGGUGUGUCCAGCCUACUUGGAAAAGAAGAGAAAGGAGACCUUCCCGCAGCUGAGACCACCUCAUGAGGAUCUUGAUGGAAUAGGGUCUACUGGAGAAGAGUACAGGAGAGCUCUGAGCCAACUGAUCCAAGGCCUGAUUGAUGGGGAGGAGGAGUUUGUCAAGUCGAUGAAGAUGUUCACCUCUCACCAGUUAAAUUACUUGGACUCUAGCCGCCACGUCCCCAUUAACAUCCUCAACCAGAGGGAGAUCAUUUUCAGAAAUAUCAAGGACAUCGUGUUCCUGCAUGAGAGCUCCAUCCUCCCCGGGCUGAGGGAAUGUGCCACAGACGACGACGUGGCCGUGCAUCUGAUCAAGUAUGCGGAGCUCUUUGAGAAAUACCUUCACUACAUGGUGGGACAAGCCCAAGCAGAGGCCUGCGUCACUGACAAGGCUGUGCAACUCUAUUUCAAAGAGAUGCCGCAACCUGAGUCUGAUGCACCUGUCAUGGAUGUCCUGACCUUCCUCCAGCGACCAGUGGAAAGGAUUCAAACCUACCAGGCUUUACUGAAGGAGCUGAUCAAAAACAAAGCCAAAAGUGGCCAAAGCUGCUGUCUUUUGGAGGACACCUUCUCCAUGGUGUCCUGUCUACCCUGGAGGUCGGACAACCUGCACCAGGUGUCCCUCAUUGAGAACUACCCAGCUCCCCUGAUCGCCCUGGGUGAGCCUGUGCGACAGGGAGUCUUCACAGUGUGGGAGGAAUCUCCAGAGAUUAAGACGGCCUCUAGAGGGCAUCAGAGACAAGUCUUUCUCUUCAAGGAAUGCAUCGUACUGUGUAGACUGAAACGAGUCACCAGCAUGAACAGUGACACCUACACCUUCAAGAACAAAAUGAAGCUGAAUGAUGUGGAAAUAAAGGAGACCGUGGGUGGAGAUGAAAGGUCUUGGGGCUUGUGGCAUGAGCACAGGGGUUCAGUGCGGAGGUACACACUGCAGGGCCGAUCCACCCUGGUGAAACUCUCCUGGCUCAAAGACCUGAAGGAGCUACAGCAGCGUUCCAGCCAGCCCGCUAACUACCCGCCGGUUUUUGAAUCAAUGUUAUCUGACACUGCAACAAAGAUAGGCCAGACGAUCAAACUGACCUGCAAGGUCACAGGAUCGCCGACACCGUCGGUCAGCUGGCUCAAAGAUGGCCUUCCUUUGGAGGACGACCCCCGUCACAUCAUCACAGCAGACCGCUCUGGCACGUUCAGUCUGAUCCUGGACAGCGUGACUGCAGAGGAUUGUGGGCAGUAUGCUUGCUAUGCCACAAGCUCCAUGGGCAGAGCGGGUUCUGUGGCUAAGGUCGUGGUGUGUGCUCCACCCAGAUUUGUGAGCCGGCUGGAGAGUGCUUGUCUGAUAGAAGGAGAGGAUAUACAGUUUACCUGCUCCACACUCACAACUCCUUUCCCAAGAGUCAGGUGGUUGAAAGAUGGAAGAGAGUUGACUGACCAGGGAAAAUACUUCAUCCUGAAUGAUGCUCGGAGUGGAAUCCUGUGUUUGACCGUCGUCUGUACAACAGAGGCAGAUAUUGGACAGUAUCAGUGUGAGCUUUCAAAUGAGUUUGGCUGCAUCAAGUGCAAAGCAGGACUGUGCCCGGCUUAUGUACCAACUAUCGACCUCCAGGAGGACCAACCACAGGACUUGCCGCCUAAAGAUGCCGACUCAGAGGGUUGGUCCACUGCCUUUGUGAAGAGAUGGCUACAAACGGAUUUCAGCCCCACCUCCAUCGCUAAGAUGCUCUUCCCUCCUGGACACCCUGAACAAGAUGAAUGUAGCCACAAAGAGGCUCUUUCUGCCUCAACAUCCAUGGAUCAGGUGGUACAGCAGCCUAUCUGUUACCUGGAGGAAGAAGAAGAGAUCUACAUUUCUGAGCAAAUGCAGGAAAUUACAGAUGCUCCUCCCUCCGUCCAGGUACCCACUGAGGACCUGUGUGUAGAGCCCGGCCAACCAGCCACAUUCACUGCCAUCAUCACAGGAAGACCUACUCCUAACAUACAGUGGUACAAGGAUGGAGAAGAGCUUGCAGCCAAUGACAAUGUGGAGAUAUCACAGCAUGGGGCACGCUGCUCUGUGACCAUAGUGUGCCCUGAGGGUGAGGAAAGUGGCAUAUACACCUGCUUUGCCUACAAUGACUCUGGCCGUGCCUCAUGCCAGGCUGAGCUGACAGUGGAGGAAGGUCCACCGGAGUGUCAGGACAGAGAGGUGGAGCUGGGGAAGAGAAGGAAGCUAUUCUCCGUCUACGACGUCCAUGAGGAAAUCGGAAGGGGAACCUUCGGGGUGGUGAAGCGUGUAGUCCACAGACGAACAGGUGAGGUGUUUGCCGCUAAGUUCCUUCCUCUGCGGAGCAGCACUCGGACCAGGUCCUUCCAGGAGAGGGACCUGCUGUCCCGUCUGGCUCACCCCAGAGUGGCCUGUCUGCUGGACUUCUUCUGUACCAGACGCACUUUGGUGCUGAUCACAGAAAUCUGCUGUUCCCAUGGACUACUGGACCAUUUGUUAUUGAAAGGAUCAGUUCCUGAAAGAGAGAUCCAGUCAUACAUCCAGCAAAUACUGGAAGGAGUUGGUCACAUUCACAGCAUGAACAUGUUGCACCUGGACCUUAAACCUGAAAAUAUCCUCAUGGUGUAUCCGCCCAGAGAUGAGAUUAAGAUCUGUGACUUUGGUUUCUGCCAAGAAAUAGACACAUCCAGACACCAGUACAGCCUGUUCGGUACACCAGAGUUUGUUGCGCCUGAGAUUGUUCACCAGGAACCAGUCACUGUGGCCACUGAUAUUUGGUCUGUAGGUGUUAUAGCCUAUAUCUGUUUGGUGGGGCGAUGCCCUUUCGUGGGUGAGACGGACCGUGCUACACUCCUAAGGGUUGGGGAGGGGAGCUUAAACUGGGACGCCCCCGACGUUACGGACAGAAGCCCUGAAGCCCAGAACCUUCUCCACAUGCUGCUACAGCCGGAUCCAGAGAAGCGACCAUCUGCCUUUGAGUGCUUGAGCCACGAAUGGUUCCAGGAGGAACAUGCAGGUGAAGAUAUGGAUGAAAUCAACACAAAGACUUUGAAAAACUUCAUCUCAAAAAGGAAAUGGCAGCGUUCUUUGACUUGCAUCGGGUCAGUUCUCACCUUGAGGCUCAUCCCUGAGCUGCUGGAAGCGCCUCUCCGAGAGACUGCGGUGACGGUGCCUCGCGAGCCCCAGGAACAAAGCAGCAGCUCUCGGAGCAGUGGCUCUUCUUCUGAGUACGAUGAAGCCGACUCUUUGGACUUCUUCCAGCACUGCAGCCCCACGGAGGAGGAGGACGACACCGAGGAGGACUACGACCCUUUAACGGAGAGAUCGCAAAUCCCCGACCUUUUCGCCCAACUCCACAUGGAUGCAGAGGAGGAAAGGACAUUGGGAGAGGAAGAGGACGGGGAGCCGGGAGGAAGGAGGAGUGUACUAGAGCGAAGUCUGAGUAGGCAGUCGGUCGCUUCCUCGGAUGCAUCCAGUCAGCAGACGCCUCAGAGGGAGCGUCGGUUCAACAGCAGCCAAUCGCUCUACCUGUCCGAUGGAGAGGAGGGUUCGGGGAGUGACGGGGGUCGUAUCCCCCGUGGCAGCGUCAUCCGAAGCACUUUCUACAGCACCUCCCAUCAACUUUCACCCAUGUCCGCCAGACACAUGACGUUAAGGGACAAAUUCCAGGCCAAGAAGCAGGAGAGAGGCCGCAAGCCACUGCGCAGGAGCCUCUCGGGACGCCUCAACGAGCCCCUUAUUGAAUAUGUGGAGGACGAGACGGAGACCGGCCGCGGCCAGAGGCGGGGAUCGGUCCAGCCCACGAUGCAGAAGUCCUCUUCCUUUGACAGCGGGGUUGGCCUCGCCCACACCAACGCGCCACCUCACAGGAGGAGCAGGUCUCUCGAUGAGUACUCUCGCCGUUCCACCAGCUCACCCAAGCGCACAACGCCGGCGGAGGAAGAAGGCUCCCAAAGUGUGAGGGAAGAUCUGACGGAUGACAACGUGGCCGGGAGGAACCUGUUAGCCAUCCCGAGCCCGCUGCGCCCCACAAGGAGGAGAGGCUCCGUUGCUCCAACGCAAGGGGCCGGCCCGCUGCGUGGAUCGUCUGGUCCCUCAAGCCUCUUUGCUGGAGGCAGAAUCGGCACCAGGCUGGAGCGGGAGGAGCGGGCCGCGGGCGACGCCUCUGCCGGCUCGCAGGGCUCUCUGGCCGAGUCGUCGAUCUUGGAGCACGGCGGCUCCGAGUCCUCGAGUAGACUCGGCUCUUACGAGGAGCUGAGUCUCGGCGGCCUCGCAGGGAGGUCCAGGUCGGGAGAGAGCGAAGGGUAUGACGACCGAGGGGAGCCGCUGAUUUCAGGAUCCCCGUGCUCCUUCCAAGAAGUCAAACCCAGGGGCCCGUUUCCCCAGGCACCGCCGCGCAACCGCACCCGCUCCAACCCCAGUCUGUACGCAAACAGCAGAGGUCGGCCGGGGACGUCCCUCACAGCGAGCCCUAGCCCCAGCGUCUCCUCCCUGCAGGCUCCAGAGAGGCCUCCCAGGGCCAAGGACAAGAAGGAUGGAUCCGGCCUCCAAAGGCACGCAUCCGCCCCGGCCCUCGAGGUGCUGCCACCUACAGGAAAGUCGCCCAGGCUCGGACUGCUGAAGAUCUUCCGCAGGCAGUCGUGGACUGGCCAUUCAUACUCCCAGCUGGACAGCACAGAGCUGGGACCCACACUAGGAGAGAUCAUGAAGCCAGACACGCCCACCAUGUCUCUGAGGAAGAAAAUGAGAGCUUCGGCCUCCAGCCUGACCAAGCUGUUUUCCAGGUCUUCCAGUAGUGAGGACGUGAGUAAAGGAGGACCAAUAGUAAAGGGAUCAGCUCCUGUUCCACCUGAAAGACAGCAUAGAACUGGUCUUGAGAGUCCUAAAAGGAGAGCCUCCAAACUCUUGCCUUCUUUUAAAAUACCUGUUUUCAAGAAGUCAAAAGAUCUGCUGGUCCGUCCCAACAAGGCGGAAGUGCUCCAGUUAGAUGGUGGUGGAGUCCUGCUGGUUUGGAAACCAGUCCAGUCCUGUGAACCGGUCACCUACUGUGUGCAAUAUUGUACAGACGGUGCAGAGUGGACGUUGCUGUCAGAGGAGGUGACUGAAAGCUGCUUUGUGGUGAAGGACUUACCCAGAGGAGCCUCCUAUGUGUUCAGGAUUGGUUGCAUCACCAAGACAGGCACAGGACCAUUCAGCGAUGCGUCAGCACCUGUUGUUAUGGCAACCCAUCCCGAAGAAAUUGCCAUUCCUCUGAUCCAGACCGAGUCACUAGGGGCAAAGGUCACUGGGUCAGAACGACAGACAACACACAAAAACUACAAUUUCCUCUCUGAGAUCAACAGGGGCCGUUUCAGCGUAGUCAACCUGUGCAGAGACGCCGAGACCAGCCAAGUGUUCGUUGCUAAGAUCACCCCGUACCAGGCGGAGCAGAGACAGCUGGUGCUGAGGGAGUACCAGCUGCUGAAGAGGCUUCAUCACCCCCACCUGGUGCAGCUGCGCACCGCCUAUUUCACCUCCUGCUACGUGGUGUUAGUGGAGGAGCUGUGUGGCGGCAAGGAGCUGCUCUACAGUCUGGCAUCGAGAGACCUGUACGCAGAGACUCAGGUGGCAGAGCUGCUGGCUCAGAUCCUGAGUGCAGUGGACUACCUGCACAGCCGGCGAGUCGUCCACCUGGACCUGAAGUCGGACAACAUGCUGGUGGAUGACUCGAACCACCUGAAGAUAGUGGACCUGGGCUCGGCUCAGUCCUUCACGCCCGGUCAGCCCCUCAGCAUCGAGCACAUCCACGGCUUGUCGGAGAGCAAAGACUGCCGCAGCAAAGUUUACAUUGUCCUUCCUAAAGCUCCGGAAAUCCUGGACGGUCAGGGUGUUGGGCCCGAAACUGACGUUUGGGCUAUUGGAGUUCUGUCCUUCAUCAUGCUGAGUGCCGACAGCCCGUUCCAUGCAGAGCACAGCUGGGAGCAAGACAGAAACAUCAAGAAAGGGAAGAUCCAGUUUGGACGCUGUUACCCCGGUUUGUCCGAGGGAGCCUUGAACUUCAUGAAGAGCAGCAUGAAUAACAAAUCCUGGGGGAGACCAACUGCAGCCGAGUGUCUCCAGAACCAAUGGCUGCGUGCCCAUUGCGCCCCGCACAAAGCGCGACAGUCCAAGGUGUGUUUCUCCACGGACAAGCUGAAAGAUUACCUCAAGCAGAAGGAGGAGAAACGAGACCAGGUCCGCACCAAGCUUCAGGGCCCCUUUUUCCAAUGAGUGGGGGCUUCUCGACACCAUGCAGCCUUAUGAUAGUUUCCCUGUGUGGCCAGAUCUCUAAAACCCUUUAGGAUCCUCUAAUUUUGAAAAUGUUAUGCGUCUUAAUGAGGUUUUAAAGGGUAGUUAUCCAUUGUAUUUGAUUGGUGUGCUUUAGGUUUAAAGGGAAACACAUCCUGGGGGGAGGUUGAGUCGAAGAGAAACCGUUGUUUUGCUCCAAAGUAUCAGACAAAUGCUCGUGUUUAUCCUUAUGAAGUGAAAAAAAUCUUCUUCAUACAAAAGGCAGGUGGGGUUUUUUUUUUCUGAGUGAGGUAUUGUAUUUCAAAAUAAAGUGCAUGAACGGAAAGCUGUUUACAUUUUCAGGGUUUUACCCGUUUCAUAAUACUUAAACAUUGGGUCAGUCCCCCAGCAGAAUGAGUUGAGUUGAUGGACGACAGAUAAAUUAAAUGGCACGUGGUCUGAC